UCGGUUGUUGAGAAACAUUUACAAUAGAGAUUAGAGGUAGUGAAGUUCGCAACAUAUAUCCAGACAGAUGGCUACUCUUCUUCAGUUCCAGUUCCAUUCUAUUUGUGAGAAUUCUCUGCGGAAGGUUAAGCGAAAGCCACAAUUCCAGAGAAGCGCCAAUCAUGGGUUAUUCCGUGUAUCUGCUGGUGAAUCAGGAAUACAAAAGACAACAGAGGCACUAGUUGUAUCCAGAAGUCCCGGCGUAUUGGAUCAUGUCUUUCUGAAUUUAUUCCGCAACAAGAUGGUGCAGGAAGUUGGAUGGGAUUCGGAGAAGGCGGGUUACGAUGGACUAAUAGACGUAGCCAAUCGUCUUAUGCUUGCCAGAACCAAUUCUCAAACCCAGGAAGCAGCGGUUCGCAUAUUAAGAUCGUUGUUUCCUCCGUUGUUGUUAAAGCUCUACAAAAUCCUCAUUGCGCCUCUUGCUCAAGGAAAAGUGGCUGCUGUAAUGGUUGCAAGGGUGACUGCAGUAUCAUGUGAAUGGCUGAUGGGUAGUUGCAGGGUUAACACUGUGGAUCUUGGCAAUGGAUCUUCAUUGCCGAGUGGGGUGUUUGUUGAAAGAUGCAAGUAUCUAGAGGAAAGCAAAUGUGUGGGGAUAUGUGUGAAUACAUGUAAACUUCCUACUCAGGCCUUCUUUAUGGAUCACAUGGGAGUGCCUCUAGUUAUGGAGCCAAACUUUAAUGACUAUAGCUGUCAGUUUAAAUUUGGAGUUUCUCCUCCGGAAGAGGAUAGCAGUUUGAAGGAGCCUUGCCUGGAGGUAUGUCCCAAUGCCAUCCGCCGCAGAACAACCACAACACUUGAAAACAAGUGCCCAAAGGCAUAAACCAUACCACCGAUACCAUGUAUCAAACUAACAUCUAUCUAUCUAGUUUUGAGAGCAUUUAAUGUUGAUGUUUGUUUGUUUGUUACAGACUACUGAAAAGAAAUGUAUAUUUCCUCCCUUUACCCCA